UUAGGUUUCUGCUCUGAGAUUUCCACAAAUACACAUAAAACAGAGUCACAAUUCUGUGUGCCCUCUGCUUUUGCUUCAGAUCGCUCAUAACUUACACAUUCAAACGUUUUCUUCAAUGGAAUUCAAAUUCCGUGCCAUCGACAACAACGUACCACCACCAACCACGUCGCAUUCUCCUUCCCCAGUCACAUAUCUCCCUGAUCAAUCACUUCAACGGGACGCAGGUUUUUCUGGCUUCGGAAUGCAGUUAUCCAACGAGGCGGCACUGCGACGUGAGAUUGAGAAGGAGCAAAUCCGCAGGGAGAUUAGGCGGCGGAUUGAGUUGGAGGAGGAAGUGAGAAGGGAACUUGCAAUGGAGAAAGAAUUGGGGAUUUCAAUACACAGGCCGCUGAUGACUAUUCCAGGACUAAUGUCUCAUUGGUCCAAUUCUGCUGUGAUGAACCCUGCUGCUGCUGUUGCUCAUAUCGACGCGUCGCAACCACCGUCGAUUUUGCCCACUGCUGAAAUCAACCCUCUUCCCGAGAUCAGUGAUGACAAGGACAAAGUUAUUGUGUUGGAUAAGCCAGAUCCCGAUCUCUUUAAUGCAAAGCGAAAAGCAACGGCGCCUCCUGAUUCUGAAAUUGAACCUCCUGCAUUUAGUUUGAAGAAAAAACCAAAGGAGCAGUGGAGUUGUGCACUGUGUGAGAUUAAAGCCACAAGUGAGAGUGGCUUGAAUGCUCAUUUGAACGGUAAGAAGCACAAGGCCAGAGAAGCAGGACAGAAUAGGAAGAUUGCGAGAAACAAAAAAAGUGAGAAAAAUGUGAAGGCUGUUGAAACUGUUGUUACUACCACAAACUCAGUGGUUGAUGCAGAAAAAGAUCAACAACUUCUUCAACCUUGCACAUCCUUGGAAGUCAUGAAUGAGACUGCUGCCGAUAAGGGUGUCGAAGAAAGUACAAAAGAGGAGCAGCUUGUGAAGACGGUGGCUGUGGCUGAUAAUGAUGCAAGUGCAACAGAAUCAAAAAAUGAGAAAUUUGUGGAGAUGAUGGUUGGUAAAAAUAUAACUGAAUUGGAAAAUGAAGAGCAGCUUGCGGAAACAAUAGCUGAUAAUAGUGUAAUGUGGAAAGUAAAACCCAUAAAUGAGAAUGACAUUGUGGAGAUGAUGGUCAAUAAUGAUGUUAUAAAAUUUGAAAAUGGAGGGCUGCUUGUGGAGAAAAGCCAAAAUGUAGGUUCUUUCGAGAGUAAAAAAGAUGUUGUAAUGGAGGAAGCGGAGAAGAUAAGUGUCUCCAAAAACGAUGCUGCAACAAUGGAGGAAGCAGAGAAGAUAAGUGUCUCCAAAAAAGAUGCUGCAAUGGAGGAAGCGGGGAAGAUAAGUGUCUCCAAAAAAGAUGCUGCAAUGGAGGAAGUGGAGAAGAUAAGUGUCUCCAAUAAAGAUGCUGCAAUGGAGGAAGCGGAGAAGAUAAGUGUCUCCAAUAAAGAUGCUGCAAUGGAGGAAGCGGAGAAGAUAAGUGUCUCCAAAAAUGAUGCUGCAAUGGAGGAAGCGGAGAAGAUAAGUGUCUCCAAAAAUGAUGCUGCAAUGGAGGAAGCGGAGAAGAUAAGUGUCUCUAAAAAAGAUGCUGCAAUGGAGGAAGCGGAGAAGAUAAGUGCAUUAACAAAAAAGACAAAGGUUGAACCUUUGUGGUGCGAGAUUUGUCAAAUUAACACUUUCUCAAAAGCUGUGAUGGAAGGUCAUGUGAAAGGGAAAAAGCACAUAAAGAAAAUGAAGAAGUUUGGACAAAACAAUGCAAGUCCCCCAUCCUCAUCUUCUGUAUCACAAAAAGCUCCUAGCUUGAUCAAAGAUGCAGAAACUGUCAACAAAGAAACAGGCUAAAGGGAGAACCAAUACUGAAGAGAGAAGUGAUUUUUUUUUUUUUUAAUUUAGAAUAAUUACCUCAUAUAUUAGCUGAAUCAAGAGGAGU